GAGCGCGGGACCGGCGGGCGGGUGGCGGCGUCUCCGCUGCUCUGCCUCUUCCACCGCAGCGGCUUUAUUGUGUUUUUUACGCCGUUUUUGCCUUUUUUUUUUUCGCAAGGAAUCCGGGUGUGGUUUGAUUUUUGGGUUUGGUGGUUUUUUUUUUUCCUCUCUUCUGUUGUGGCCGGCCGGAGGGACUAAGGGGAGAUCAAUGAAGGAAAGAAGAGCGAGCCAGAAGUUAUCGAGCAAGGCGGUGAUGGAUCCCAACCAGAACGUGAAGUGCAAGAUCGUGGUGGUGGGGGACAGCCAGUGCGGCAAGACCGCGCUGCUCCACGUCUUUGCCAAGGACUGCUUCCCCGAGAACUACGUCCCCACGGUGUUCGAGAACUACACGGCCAGCUUCGAGAUCGACACGCAGCGCAUCGAGCUCAGCCUSUGGGACACCUCGGGUUCUCCUUAUUACGACAACGUCCGCCCUCUUUCCUACCCGGAUUCUGAUGCGGUGCUGAUCUGCUUUGACAUCAGUCGGCCAGAAACCCUGGACAGUGUCCUAAAAAAGUGGAAAGGUGAAAUCCAGGAGUUCUGCCCCAACACCAAGAUGCUGCUGGUGGGCUGCAAAUCAGACCUGCGCACCGAUGUCAGCACSCUGGUGGAGCUCUCCAACCACAGGCAGACCCCCGUGUCCUACGACCAGGGUGCAAAUAUGGCCAAGCAGAUUGGAGCAGCCACGUACAUCGAGUGCUCAGCCUUGCAGUCUGAAAACAGCGUCAGAGACAUUUUUCACGUCGCCACCCUGGCGUGUGUGAACAAAACAAACAAAAACGUGAAACGGAACAAAUCUCAGAGGGCCACAAAGAGGAUUUCCCACAUGCCAGGCAGGCCAGAACUGUCCACAGUGGCCACGGACUUGAGGAAGGACAAAGCAAAGAGUUGCACGGUGAUGUGAAGGAGCUGAGAUUCCCUGGAGGAGGAGGAGGAGGAGGAGGAUCCAGGAGGGGUUGGAGCUCCAUGAAGUCACAGCCAUGGGGUGUUGGAGGAGGG